AUGAAUCGGCAAAAUUAGAUGAAUAUUAGAGCUUCACUAAAGAAUACACUUUUUUGUAAAAAGAGAAGGAAUUUGAAAUAGAAUACUCCACCUUAAAACUCUUCUCCUCCAAUAUAAAAUAAUCAACCAAAAAGCACAAAUUAACAAUUUAGACAUUUUAGUGAUAUUUAUGAAUAUGGCCAUCAUCAGAUCGGUUAUAUGAAUAUUUAUCAUUAGGUGAAGGAGCUCAUGGAAUUGUAAAGAAAUGUUACAAGCGAGAUUAAAAUAAUUUGAAUAUAUCAGACAGAACAACCUAUGCCGUUAAAAUCUUUAGAACUGGUGACACAGAAAUAAUUAAUACGAUUAGAGAAACAUUUCAAAUAAAUAGAUCACUUAAUGAUUUGAACUGCGUUGUUAAAGCACUAGAUCUUUUUAUAAAUUCAAAGAAAGAAGAACAUCAUUUGGUUAUGGAAUAUUGCCCUUAUUAGAGUUUAGAAUAAAGAAUGGGGAAAUUAUGUUUAGAAGAUAUUUAGAUAAUUGCUUUGAAUUUAGCUUAAUCAAUAAAAUAAUUACAUUAAAGAGGAGUUUGUCAUAGAGAUUUAAAACCAGAUAAUAUUCUAAUAGGUGAAACAUUAGGAUUGAAAUUAAUAGAUUUUGGUGUUUCAAAAAGAUUUGUCGUAAAAGGGAAGGUAACAAAAAAAAUAGAUAUGUGGACAAGAACUGGUUCAUUAUUUUAUUAAGCUCCUGAAAUAUUUUUAGGAGGUGGUUAUAAUGAAAAAGGUACUAAUAAUUAAUAUAUUUUAAGUUGAUGUAUGGUCUAUUGGUAUAAUUUUGUAUUAAUUAUUGAUUGGAUAAUUGCCAUUUUAAUAGGAAACUGUAUUAGAUACAAUAGAGAUGAUUAGAGAUUCAGAAAUAAAUGUAAAAAAUACAACAGCAUUUAAAAAGUUGAAUCCAUUAGAAUAAGAUUUAUUAAAGAGGUUGUUAAAAAAAGAUCCAGAAAAAAGAUUGUCAGCUGAAGGUUUGUAAAUAAUAUAUAAAAAGAUUUUGUUUUACACCCUUGGCUUUAGAAAAGGUAAUAGAAAAAGUCAACAAAGAGUUUUGAUGAUUGUGAUAUAGUUGAUAUUAGAAAAAGUGAUGGCAUGUUAAUAUCAUCAUAAAUAUAAACUUAGAAACAAUAUUUACCAAGGAGUAAAAAUCCUUUAAUUGUUCCAAUUUAAGAAGAGUAAAUAUCAAGUCCAUUGAAAUUGAGUUGGAAUAAUUGGGAUACACAUGUUCAUUAUAUUCCUUAGGAUUUAAUUAAUUUUAUUAAUUUAGAUAAUAAAUCAUCUAAAGAAAUAGGUAGUUCCUAAGAAUUUAUAAGUGAAUAAUAAAAACAAGAUGAAAUAAAGGAUUUUUAAGUUGGUUUAUUUAGAACAACAUCGGAGCAUUUUGAUUAACUAUGA